AACGACUCAAAAAAGUUAUUCUUUUACCAUAGUGUUUAGGGAUUUGGGUUUCUGAGUCUAGUCACACUUUCUACCUCUUCUCACUCCGUCACCGUUUCUACCACAGUCAUGACUCCAAAAGGAUUUUAAGCAUUCAUCAAGCAUUUUCCGUGCUAACAGUUAAAGGGCUUGGGGAUUUGAGUUUUCAUAUGCGUUGAGCAUACGAGCAAAUUACUAUUUCUGUUGAUUUUUCUGCAAAAUUGAAUCAGCUCUAGGUGCAGUGUACCCUUGAAGCUUUGGCCUUAAGCCCUUAACUGUCGUCUGUCGAGAAAUUCAGUGGUCAAGAUGAAUGUCGAAGAUCUGCUGAGAGAAAUCGCUAAAGCUAGGAUAAGAAAUGCUGAAAAUGUGGAUCCUCCUAAAGAUGCUGCAGGUAUAAUAAUUCCAGAGAAUGUCAUGCCACUCCAACCAACUGAACAAACUUCAAUAGAAGCAAGAUUGGAAAAAUAUUCAAGCACAACAUUUACAAUUCCGCCAAUCUCUGAACGCUGGUUGAACCUUCCUGAUUUAUUCACUCCCACGACUCAUGAGUUUUCUGACACCAAACUUCUCAAUGAAUCUGGAUAUGUCAUUAGAAAAACUACUACAGAGAACCUAGCUGGGAUGGGAAGGAUUGUAAUUCCAAUGUUGUGCUCAGGAUUUACAAGGACUGGGGUUGUGGGACUCUUCACUCUUGCUUAUAAUCUGAAGGAUAGUGAGUCUGCAAAUUGGGAGGAUGCCAUUGACGAUAUCCCCGCUGAGUCAUCCUUCUUGGAUACUGAAUUAGACAGAGAUGCAGAAAUUCAUUAUAAAUCAUCUGGACAACAUAAGCCGUUUCCUGCUACACAAGAUGUAAGGACUGAGGCAGCAUAUUAUUGUUACAUUGCAGCAUCUGUUCUCCGCCUAUUCACCAAGCCUCCCGAAAAUUAUUCCAAAGCAUGGAACCACAUACACACCAAUUUUACUAGAUUCUAUUCUCGGAGUCCUCCUGUCAUACCAAACAGCCCUAACAUAGAAGUUCUGAGAGGUCUUCAUUCAGUUUUUGAGAUGCAGAAGUACAAGGUUACUCUCUUCAAGCUACUUUAUGCUAGCUCCUCGAAUAAUAGAGCAUUAGGCUUGAAGAGAUUUCUGUAUGAUCUUCAUUUAGCAAACCCUGGCCUUCAUGUGGUUAACAUCUCCAUACGAUUGUGUAAGGUUUUGAAUGUUCCAAGUCAAAAGUUAAUAGAUAUCAUGAAUGUGGGAGAGUUUCGGAGACAGGCAGUUGCACUAGCGGAGAUGAUACGCUUAGUCGUGAUUAAGGCAGAUGACCACAAGAGGAAAAUGUGGAGAUUUGGAAGGAUUUUUGACAGCACAUUCAUGGCUGAGUUGCAGACUAAGGCAUGCUCUAAAUUGGUCUACAUCUUGGCUUAUGCCCUCAAGUCAGAACAGCCUCACGGUAAUGAAAACAUUCUUGACAUUGUUCAACUUCAAAAUUUUAGUCCAGAUAUGAAGCACAAGCUUAGUGCUGCUGCUCAGAAGGUUAUCAAAUCUUUACGCAGCAAUGUAUAGUGAAAACUCUUCAGCCUGUGGAUGACUGGCAGCAAAAUUAAGUUGGUGAAGAGGAUAAACCUCAACCUAGUAGGGAAUGAUGUUAUUUACAUGCAUGUGGAUGCCUAUAACUAGGAUUUUUUUUAAAUAGCAAAUUUAUUAGAUUUUUCCUUUUUUAUUUAUUGUGGUGGUGUUUCUUUUUUAAUUGUCAUGGAACAAAUUAAUUCAAUAGUAUGUUAUGUGUUGAGAUUUUAUAAAGUGUUGUAUAAUAUUUAUAUUAUAGUGAUAAUAAAUAUGUGUUGCCUUUAAUA